AUGUCGUUCUCUCGUGUCGUCCUCAGGGCUGGCAGGUCAUGCUCCGCCAUGCCUACUCGCGCAUUCUCAGUCAAGUCGGUUGCCAGGAGCGCUGCCGAGCCCACCUACAAAGCCCCCGCCUUGGGCGUCAACAAGACCUUUGACGAGGCUUUGAAGGUCAUUGCAGAGGACAAGGCCAAGCGCCUGGCCGAUAUCAAGAACAUGGAGACCACCUUGGCCCAAUUGAUCAAAGCCGCACCAUCAGCCGCAAAGGACACAGAGAUCGCAGCACUCCAGGAAAAUAUCUUCAAGCAGGAGGCAUACGCCGAGAUCAACGAUCCCGAAAUUCAGUGGCAAUUCAAGAACAACAAGAACAUCGACAUGUCCAAGGCAGUCUUCCGGUUCAUGAAGGGCAAGCAGUUCAAGCGCGAGACCCUCCCCGUGAUCCAGCAGCGUACCGCCCAGAUGUUUGUCACCCCCGAUCUCUUGCCCACCCUCACACCCUCCGUCAACGUUCAGCUGGAUUUCGGCGCAGGAUCAAUCCCCCAGGGAACAAAGUUGACUGAUGGAUACUUUGAGACGGGAUCUUUCCUCUUGCCCGGAAAGACGACCCAGGAGCCCAAGGUCAAUGUUACGUCGUUCCAUCCCGAGCAGAGAUAUUAUACGGUUGCCCUUGUUGACCCAGACAUGCCUGAUGUUGAGAACGAGACCUACAAGCAGCAGUUGCAUUGGUUGAUCGCUAAUGUGCCAUUGUCAGCGACACAGACAGAACUGACCAAGGAGAAUUCUGAUGUUGUGUUGUCGUACUUGCCCCCCCACCCUCCCAAGGGCACGAAAUACCACCGUUACACACUCUUGUUGGCAGAGCAGCCCAACAACGGCCAGGACAAGAUUCAGAUGGACGCGACCCAGAUUUCAAGAGAGACCACGCUCCGUGAUCUGUGCUCACAUUUCAAGCUGGAGGUGAAGGGCUUGACGUUCUUCCGUCAGGUCUGGGAUAAGGAUGUCAGCCGGAUCUACAAGGAGGUUCUUCAGCAGGACGAGCCUGUCUAUGGCAACCAGCCCAAGGUUGAUGAGCUCCUUGAUGAGACUGGACAGAAGAAGAAGAAGUUCAUUCAUAUGUAA